UUUACCAUACACAGGAAACAUACAGGUUUGUCCAGUCAUUUUAACAAUUAAUUUUAAAAGCGCUAUGUCUGCUGUAGCACCAUUGUCUAGAGUUUGACCUCAGUCAGUUUCCAGUAGCGACGCAGAGCGCUCGCGGUGGUAACCGUAUGCCAGAAGGCGGUUUCAUUCUGGGAUCGGUGUGUAGUUGCUGAUUCCGUCACCGGUUGAUUCCAGUCCGAAACGUGCGCGUCUCCAUUUCCGCGUUUUGUAAACACCCACUGUCCGCCAGUGUUUGAUCCAUUCCGGCAAUUUCUUCCCGCUCAAAGCCGAUCUUGCUGCAGGGAGGAGCGAUCGGGGUGCAGUUGAGCCGAUCUGAGCAUCACAGCCCGCAUUCAAGGAAACAGGCAAACACAGCACUUUUUUUUUGACUUCCCAUAAUGUUUUAGCUACCGUGUAGCGCACGACUUUGAAAAGAAGAAAUACAUAUAUACCAUGCGGACACAUAUGGAAGCCGUUUAUCUUUGAGAAGCUGGGAAUCUGCCCAGUCAAGGAAGACCCCUUCAGUUGUUUCCUGCGCCAAGAAUUAUAAAGACAUGGUCACACUGCAUCCCUGAUGAACAGCAAGCAGUGAGUGUGAGGAAGUGUCAGACGAUGCCCCUGGUCUGCGGAGCUCAGUGCUAAAGGAGGUCCACAGAGCCGCCUGGUGCCCACUAUGUCUCAAUACCAUCACUGCCAUAGAGGCCCCCACGGCCGCACCAUGAGCUCUGAGGAGAGGAGCUCCACGCCAGUGAACAAAACCUCCACUCCAGUUCACAAGAGCGCCUCCUCCUCUUCCUCUUCUCAACGUGACAGCCGGCAGGAGGCAGACAGCUGGGAGAUAAUUGAGGGGCUGAAAAUCGGUCAGAGUAACGUCCAGAGGCCUGACAAACAUGAAGGCUUUAUGUUGAAGAAGCGAAAAUGGCCCCUGAAAGGCUGGCACAAGCGUUUUUUUGUUCUGGACAAUGGUAUCCUGAAGUACUCCAAGUCCCCCAUUGAUAUACAAAAAGGAAAACUCCAUGGCAGCAUCGACGUCGGUCUCUCUGUCAUGUCCAUCAAAAAGAGGGCACGUCGCAUCGACUUGGACACUGAGGAGCACAUCUAUCACCUGAAGGUCAAGUCUCAAGACAUAUUUGAUGCAUGGGUGUCAAAGCUGCGUCAUCACCGGCUCUACAGGCAGAACGAGAUUGUUCGAUCCCCCCGGGAUGCCCCCAUGCGAACAUUUCCUCCUUCAGCUGCCAUGGAGUCGCCCCAGCCCACCCCAAGUGUAGUAAAUGAAGCAAAGGCCAAGCCAAGCAGCUUACCAUGGCAGGCGGCGGCCCCCAGCAGCAGCAGCAACAGCAGCCUGCCCGCCUCCUACAGUAAUGGACAGAGCAAGGUAGCUGCUUGGCUGCAGGAAUCAGAGGAGAUGGACAAGUGUGCAGAGGAGCUUGCACGUUGUCAGUCCAACCUGACCGAGCUAAGCCGGUUAUUGCAGAGUCUGGAGAUUCUACAAAGGACUCAGUCAGCGCCCAACUUCACAGAUAUGCAGGCCAAUUGUGUAGAAUUGUCAAAGAAAGAAAAGCGCUUGAACAGAAGAUGGAGAACAAAAAGUGUCGGCAAAGAUGCAAAAUUCCAGCUUCAGGUUCCUCUGUCUGCUAGCAUGUCCCCUGUCCGCCUACACUCAUCCAACCCCAACCUUUGUGCAGAGCUGGUGGACUUUCAGCCCCAAGUCUCUCGCUUGGCAGACAGUGUGGAGUAUGCCAGCGACUAUAUAAAACUUCAGGAGGAAUUCUGCACCAUUGCCCAGAAAGUCCAUUCGCUGUUGAAGUCGGCCUUCAACACUGUGGCCAUAGAGAAAGAAAAGAUAAAACAGAUUCUAUCUGAGCAGGACCAGUCGGACCAUUCGGCCCAGAUCAACUCUCUCAGGAAGUCUCUGUCACAGACUCUGUCCCAGAACGCAGAACUUCGAACUCGCCUCAACCGCAUCCAUUCUGAAUCCGUCCUGACUGAACAAGUUGUCAGUGUGAACAUCAUCGCCACGCCUGAUGAGGCCGUGGAACAGAUGGGGAUCCCUCUGACUCAGCAGGCCUCUAAUGAAAGCCGACUCUCCAUGUCAGAGUCUGUCUCGGAGUUCUUUGAUGCACAGGAAGUGCUUCUGUCAGCCAGCUCGUCAGAGAACGAGGGCUCAGAUGAUGAGUCAUAUGUCAGUGAUGUGAGCGAUAACAUAUCUGAGGAUAACGCCAGUGUGACUGAUAACGUCUCCAGACAAAUGGCUAACGGAGACUUUGCUGGCAGCGCCUUCCGUAACGGGCGACGCAUUUGCCUGCCGGCACCCUGUCCAGACACCAGCAACAUCAACCUCUGGAACAUCUUGAGGAACAACAUCGGCAAGGACCUGUCCAAAGUGUCCAUGCCUGUGGAGCUGAACGAGCCCCUCAACACCCUGCAGCGUAUGUGCGAAGAGCUGGAGUACAGCGAGCUGCUGGACAAGGCUGCUGAGACUGAGGAUCCCUUUGAACGCAUGGCCCUGGUCGCUGCUUUUGCCAUCUCAGGCUACUCAUCCACUUACUACAGAGCAGGAAGUAAGCCAUUCAACCCACUGCUUGGAGAGACUUACGAAUGUAUUAGGGAGGACAAGGGCUUCUGUUUUUUCUCAGAACAGGUGAGCCACCACCCUCCCAUCUCCGCCUGCCACUGCGAGUCUAAGAACUUCACCUUCUGGCAAGAUGUGAGGUGGAAAAACAAAUUCUGGGGAAAAUCAAUGGAGAUUUUACCCAUUGGAUCUGUAAAUCUCAUGAUUCCCAGGUUUGGAGAUCACUAUGAAUGGAAUAAAGUCACCACCUGUGUGCACAACAUCCUCAGCGGGCGACGGUGGAUCGAGCACUACGGGGAGAUCACCAUCAGAAACACCAAAAGCAGCACCUGCCUCUGCAAACUUACCUUUGUUAAGGGAAACUACUGGAGCUCAAAUGUAAAUGAGGUACAAGGAUUUGUAAUGGAUCAAGAAGGGAAAGUGAUCCACAGGCUUUUUGGAAAAUGGCACGAGGGCCUUUAUUGCGGUGUCCCACCGUCUGCCAAAUGCAUCUGGAGGCCAGGCUCCAUGCCCACAGACUCUGAGCUGUACUACGGCUUCACCAGAUUCGCCAUUGAACUUAACGAGCUUUGCCCCGAGUUGAAGGAUGUCUUGCCGCGUACAGAUGCCCGAUUCAGGCCCGAUCAAAGGCAUCUGGAGGAGGGGAACUUGGAGAUGGCAUCCUCAGAGAAGCAGCGCAUUGAGGAUGCACAGAGGACUAGGAGAAAGUGGAACGAGGAGAACAACAUCAAACACGAGCCGCGCUUCUUCAAGAAAGUUGUGGAUGCCAAUCACAGGGAGAGAUGGGUCUCCAACAACACGUACUGGGAGCUCCGCAAAAACCCCGGCUUCAUCAACAUGGAGCCUACCGUGAACCUGUGGUAGCACAUGGAUCUCCCCGUCCACCACAGACAAGAAGGCUGUUACCUAUGCACAAGAAGGUGUUGAGAAAAUCAUGUUUGAACAUCUGUGUGCAUGGAUAUGAGCAACUUCAGAGUUGAGGAAUGGCCUGACGCCUGUUACCCUGUUGAGGUUCUGAGGCGCUGCCACAUGGUCAUCCAUCCAUGGAAAUAUCCUGUAGGGUCACCUUCAUCAUGCUUGUCGAAGCUGGGUUGUCAGGGCAACAGUCUUACCACUCCAAUGUAGAUCUUUCCUCGGCUCUUUUGACUUCGGAGUUUGUCCUUGCCUUAAAAAAAAGACACCCAUACAGCUCACAGGAUUAGGCGCCGUUUAGUUGAAGCCAUUUAAUUUCCAACAGCAGUUUGGUUAGACUAGUCUAUGAAGUAGACAUUUUGAUUGCCUACGAUACCUUGCAUGUUUAGAGAGCAGCUUUCACUGGCAUAAAGCCACAUUUACUAUAUCAUCACUUAUUGUAGAAAAAAAGAGGUAUUUUUAUAAAAUAUCUUGGACUUUAGGGAAAGAAAACUAUGUGAAUUGGUAGAUUUUAUUUAUUUUUUGCCUUUUAAUACUGUAAAAUCUGUGAGAUAGCAGUAUUCUGUCCGGGGAAACAUCUAAUUUCAAAUGAACUGCAACAGUAAAGGAAUCAUGGCGCCUAAAAAUGGCCUCUUUAAUGAGACAUUUUCAAAGAGAAGGCGAAAUAACUAUUUAAACGGGAAUACUGUCAACACAUAUUUGUGAUGGUAUAAUGUAAACAGAGGGACGGCCCUCACCCUCCUUCCCCUGGCACACUGUCUAAUUUUAACCAUUGUUAUGUGAAACCAACUCUCUGAAUCACAUGGUUACAUAAACUGAUGUACGACUCCCUCCAUAUAUAGUUUGCACAGGUUAAGUGUCCGCUGUCCUUUCUGAAUGUGUUGCAGAAAACUGUGUUGAGUGAGAAAAAAGAUUGUAGAGAUGUAAUAUUUUACAGAUUGUCAAACCUUCCUCAGACACUUUCUGAUUCUGGCCUUUAUUAAAAGAUCUUUUCUAGUCCAAUCAUUCAUCUGCAUCGAGCUACAUCUGCAGAGCAGAAGCUUCAAUUACUAAAAAAAAAAAAUGAUAGUAUCAAAACGUUUGACAUUUUCUGUCAAAAAUGCCGAAUAAAUUCCCAAAGCAGUUUCCUAAAGCCCAAAGAGAUUUUCUCUAGGUUGUAACAACCAAAAACGUUCCAUUUGUAAAAAUAUCAAACAAAAACAAAAAGGAGAUAAUUUAGAACCAAUAAACAUUAAAAAAUACUUAAAUAAUUAAUCAUCAAAUCAUGGACUCUUUAUAUUCUGAUUAAUUAUUGAAGAACUACUUUCAGCUCUCCAAAAAGCUGCAGAUUACAUAGUCCAGCAUGAAACAGCAGGGACCCCUACAGGUCAUCCUGUGACAAAACAACCAAACAGGCUUUUUUGGGUUUUUUUUUUAACAUGUUUUAGAUGUUAAAACCAAAUUCAUUCAUAGUAAGAGUUUACCGGACAAGCAUUAAUGAGUCCCCAGAGAAUUUACUGCUAUGUCUUGGGCUUCUGCAAAGCACCCGAGUUGUUUGAACUUUGUAUAUUUUUUGCAAAGCAGAUAAGCUUUAAUGUUUUAUCUAGUGACCUCCCUUUUUGUGUUUUACAAAGUCAGACAACAUACCUAUGAUGAAACCAAUAUGAGUUAUCACACACCACCUUUUCAUGAGGACAUUUAAGUUGAUUUUCUUUGUUCUGGACUGCAGGGUGAGGACUCUGAAGGAGGACAUAUAAACACAUGAAACUGUGUGAAACUAAUCCGUCCUACAUGUGCACUGUUCACAUGAUACUGUAGUUUACAAACAAAAAAAGGUAGUACUGCUUUGCAUCUAUGUUCCUGUUUUCCCUCUGAAAUACCCGUGUGCAGAAAGUUUUAUUUUUCCCAGAUCAUAAAGUCAGCGCUACAACCCAUCAGUGUCCGUUUCACUUGCUGUGCCUUAAUGCAUUUAUUAAUGCCUCACAACCACACAACUGAUGGAAAUCCCAUGCCAAGACAAAGGUAUUCCAUUAACGAGUCAAACUCCAGACACGCUUCACUUUCCACUAAGGGUUUAAUUGUGGACAGAAUAUCACGAGGAAGAUUUAAUUGACGGUAGAUGAGUAGAAGAGUUUUAACCGACUUUAACAUGCUUGCAAAGUUUAAAGACUUUGUUCUGCACUGCUCUGCUACCUUUUGGAUUUAAUUAUGAAUGCAUAAUAUACAGAAGAUGGGGCACUACUGCAAAAUUUCUUUUUCCAGCAACACUGAUUACUAAGUCACAACAGUUGUGUGUGGAGGUCAGGGCAGUGCUUUGCAUAGCGUUUGUAUCAUAGAGUCAGUAUGUAGUGGGGGAGAAAAAAGAAAACCAAGCUUUCUUCAUCCAUUAUUCCACCUGCAUGUCUAGACAACUUAGCUUGCCAGUGAAUGUUUGCAAUGCCUUACCAAAAA